GCCACGGGACAAUAUAUUUUUUUCGUCCCACUCGAGUGGUUUGUCGUGGUUACAAGAUCCUUCAAUAAGGAUUUAAACAACGUUGCGUUAUUACGUACACGGUACAGAGAAAAAUCCGGAGAGUCCAAGUGUUUUCAUCAGUUUUCGUGUUGUUGGCGAUCGAAAAGUGCACGGGACGUAUAAAGGAAUCCGUUAUGACGAAGCACAUUGAAACCAUGGCAUUUUCAUACAUCCUUGCAUUUUUCGCAUGUAUUUACACCGCCCACGCUCUACCGCGAGUGGACUCCGUAGACACCGAUGAAAAUUUGGGAGUCUCCGACCCGAGUGGGAGAAACGGGGGUUUCAUUGAAAAAUUGUCCUUCAUCGGGGUUCCGUCGAGAACGUUUGCCAAAAGACCACGAGUUUGUCGUGAUUGUGUCUGUGGGAUUGGACGAAAGACGCGCAUAGUGGGUGGAAAUUUUACCACGAUAUACGAAUAUCCAUGGAUGGUCGGAGUGUUGAAGCAGGGUCAGUUUCACUGCGGCGGUAGUUUGAUAACGCGCAAUCACGUGUUAACCGCUGCUCAUUGCCUGAACGGAUAUGACAGAAAGACUUUCGAGCUUCAUUUGGGCGAUCACGAUAUCACGAAACGCACCGCAAAUGUCUAUCGCAGACGGGUCAAAUCUUGGAUCAUUCACGACAGCUUCAAUCCUUACAAUCUCGACAAUGACAUUGCCAUUCUCGAAAUGGACCAGCCCGUGAAUCUGGACGGUGUAGUUCGCUCUGCUUGUCUCCCUGAGAACAGUGCUAUUGACUACGCCGGCUCGAUGGCAACGGCGAUUGGAUGGGGUAGAGUAAAGGAAGGAGCCGAAGUCAGUAAAGUAUUGCGAGACGUUAGCGUGCCAGUACUUUCGGACGAGGAAUGCGACGACUCUGGAUAUCCGAAAACACGAAGAACCGAGAACAUGUUUUGCGCCGGUUAUCUCGAAGGUGUUAAGGAUGCUUGUUCCGGUGACAGCGGCGGCCCGCUCCUCGUUCGAUCACCAGGAGGACAUCUCGAGGUUAUUGGGAUCACAUCAUAUGGUCGUGGGUGCGCAAGACCCAGGUAUCCCGGUGUAUACACCAAAUUGACAAACUAUCUCGGAUGGAUGCAAGAUCAAUUGAAAACUGAUUGCGUAUGUCCGCCACCCAAUCGAACCGUAAUGGUGAUGAAAAUGAAAAUGUUUUCGGAUCGAGGAAAAAUAUUGGCUUUGUUCGUUUUGAGUGUAUUGAAAACGCAAGCUUAUCUCACGAAUUAUGAAAAUGACUCGUCCGAUUACGAAAAAUCCUACCCAAUCGUCAACAAUCGAACUUCGCGAUUCCUCUUCGAUGAGCUCUUCGGCAUUGACGUCACAGGCGGAGGGGAAUCCAGCGACGGCGACGACGUGCAAAAGCUUCGCAAUUGUAGCUGCGAGUGCGGUGUCUUCAGCCAGGAGAAUCGAAUCGUUGGCGGUCGCCCAUCUCCGCCUCACAAAUACCCAUGGGUUGCUCGGCUGGUCUACGACGGUCGUUUCCACUGCGGAGCAAGUCUCGUGACAAACGACUACGUUAUAACGGCCGCUCAUUGCUUGAGAAGGCUAAAACGCUCGAAAAUCCGAGUUAUUCUCGGAGAUCACGAUCAAUACGUCACCACUGACGGUGCUGCCAUCAUGAGAGCCGUCAGUGCAGUCAUCCGUCAUCGCAAUUUCGACAUGAAUUCCUACAACCACGAUGUGGCGUUACUCAAACUCCGGAAACCUGUGAAAUUUACGAAAACUGUGAAGCCCAUUUGUCUACCAGUCCAUGGCUCAGAUCCGGCAGGAAAAGAAGGCACGGUGGUCGGUUGGGGACGGACCACCGAAGGCGGAAUGUUACCGGGCGUAGUGCACGAGGUCAAAGUGCCGAUACUCAGCUUGCAACAGUGUCGACAGAUGAAAUAUCGUGCAAAUCGAAUUACGAGUAACAUGAUAUGUGCCGGACACGGAACGCGAGAUUCUUGUCAGGGCGACAGUGGAGGACCACUCCUGGUACAAGAGGGCGACAAACUCGAACUCGCAGGAAUUGUUUCAUGGGGCGUUGGAUGCGGCCGGCCCGGCUACCCCGGAGUUUACACUCGCGUCACAAGAUACCUCAAUUGGAUUAAGGCGAACAUGAAUGACACGUGUCUUUGCGUCAAAUGAAAAAUUCUCUCGUCAAUUGUAAUUGCGUCAUUUCCAGAACGAAUUUUGAACGAAUUCAUUCUUUCAUGGUAGAAAUACUCUAAAAUUGUACGAGAAAAAAAUUUGGAUUCCGCUUGAUUCGUAAAAAAUCCGAUGAAUUUGUCCAAUUAUAGUAAAUUCAUCGAGACUCAAAUGGGGCUCGUUUCUUGUUGAAAUUUCCAUUGUUUUUUGCUCCUCGAACAAACUCAAUCGAAUUUAUGCGAGUCUCGUUGAAUGAAAAACAAUUUUUAUCUUUCAAUGCAUUAUCAUUAUUCUCUAAUUGAUGUUGCAGAAAACAGGUAGCGCCAGUGAUAAUUUCGAAAGUAAAUUAUUCAAUUGUAUAUAUUUAUUUAAACUAUGCUACUGAGUUGGAGGACGUGAAAGUUUGUUAUUGUACAAAAAUUGUGAGUUUGCGAUACACGUUACCUUGAAAUUUAUUCAAAUAAAUGUUCCGAAGUACAAA